AUGUCUCACCUCAAGUAUUCCUCUUAUGAAGGCGCUGGCGAGUACCUCACCAACCUACUCGGUUACAGUCAAGUGGUCCGUGUUGGAGAUCGCAUUGAGAUCAGUGGACAGGGCGGUUGGACAUUCAAGGAUGGCGAAUUCGCAUUCCCGGAGACGCAGCUCGAGCAAAUUGACCAGGCAUUCCACAACGUGGAGACAGCUCUAAAGGCGGGGGGCGGAAAGGGCUGGGAGCAGGUCUAUCGCGUUAAUUCAUACCACACCGAAAUCACACCCGAAGUUGGUCAAAGAAUGGCAGAAAACUACAAGAAAUGGAUGCCAAAUCACAAGGUCAUUUGGACUCAACUUGGUGUCGCGCAAUUGGGAGCACCUGAAAUGAAGGUGGAGAUUGAGGUGUCGAAUCACCAUGUUCCAAUACAGUUUAGCGCGGGCAAACCCGCCAAGGUCGCGGAAAAGGUUCUUUUUUCUCGCGACAUCAUCGUUUCGUUCCGCCCACAAAAAGACAAAGACCUCAUAAAGCGAAAGCGAAAAUUAAAGAUGCGCAACAAGCCAAACAAACAAAGAGCGCCCCGCAACGCGCGCCGCGAUAACAGAUAUGGAGAUUCGGAUUCAUAUCGACCUGGCGACAGGCAUGACCUCCCACCUCGACCGCCGCCGCCUCGCGAUGACUUCCGAAACUCGGGAGGCGACUCGUAUCGCCCGCGCGUACCCCAGGGGGACUUCACAUUUCGCAUGGAUAAACCAGCUGGAAUGCCAGAUUUCCCCGCGGAUUAUCGUGGCCCGCCGUCCGAUAGAAGAGGUCCGCGUCGCGAUGGUGGUAGAGGCCGAGGUCGGGGUAGAGGAGGAAGGCGCUGGCAACCCCCGCCUCACCCCUCCGAGCGCGCUCUAGUUUCGGGCGCGACGCAAAAUAUGCCCGAGGAGCGUCUAGGCGAAGAUGGUAUCGCCAAGUUCCGCGAUGUUGAUGAGCUGUCUGAUGAUGACGAGCUUGAGAUGGAUAUCUCUGAGGAUGAAGAGUCCGAAGGCCCUUCCAAGAAGCGUGCCAGGACUACAAAUGAUGAUGAUGACGCUGAUUAUGCAUCUGGCGAUGCUGCACCUAAGUGGUCUAACCCUGAUCCAUACACAGCUCUUCCCUGCCCCGAUGAAAGCACGCGCAAGAAGAAGGACAUGGUAAAGCUCAUCCGAAAAGCGCGACUCGAAGACCAGACAGAUAAACUGGCUGCGUCAACUGAAGCCGAGGACUUCAUCUCCUUUGAUCUUACUGAAGACGAUGAGACUAGCGAAGACGAAGAAGAGGAAAAAGAAGCGCCACCCCCUCCACCUCGUGAACCUCCUCCUACCAUCGAACAACCUCCGCCACCUCCCCCGAACGCACCCUCUGGGCCCAGAGCCGACCGCGACAACGCGCGGACGCCUAUGGACGAUAUCAUGGAGGCUAGAAGACUCGCCAACGAUGGCCUGGGCUCUCGUAAACGUACCGCCGACGACGUUAUCAAGCCCCCCGAUUACGGUCAAUUGAAGAAGGCCACUACAAAGCCCUCCAAGGGUUCACUGCUACCCAGUUGGCAACCAAAGACCACCGAGGAUCCCUGUCCUUGGGACACUGUUGAUCAUUCUGCUACAACUAACAUGGGAUUCCGACUACACAAAGAAGUUAUGGACUUUUACGAAUACGUCAGACCGCGCGACUUCGAACAGCGCAUUCGUGACAACCUCGUCGACAACCUUCGCAAGGCUAUGCGCCGCGACGGUCGAAACUUUGCUAGUGCUUCCGUUCAUCCAUUCGGUUCCUUCAUGUCUGGCCUGUAUCUCCCGACAGCAGACAUGGACUUGGUCGUCUGCUCAGCAAGCUUCAUGCGGGGUGGUCCCCCAACGUACCUCUCAGCCAAGAGCUGGCUAUACAAGUUCCAAAAAUUCCUCGUCGCCCAACAAGUGGCCGAACAGCAUUCUAUCGAGGUUAUCGCCCACGCUAGAAUUCCUUUGGUCAAAUAUGUUGACAAGCAGACCGGUCUCAAGGUCGAUGUUUCAUUCGAGAACUUGGGUGGUGUCGACGCGAUCGAGACUUUCCUCAAAUGGAAGGACCAGUAUCCUGCUAUGCCUAUCCUCGUCACUGUGAUCAAACACUUCCUUCUCAUGCGCGGUCUCAAUGAACCUGUAAACGGUGGAAUCGGUGGCUUCUCAGUUAUUUGCUUGGUCGUCAGUAUGUUGCAGCUUAUGCCACAGGUUCAAAGUAGAAGUCUGGUACCGGAACAUCAUCUAGGCGAGAUGCUCCUCGAGUUCUUUGAGCUUUACGGCUACGACUUUCAUCACGAACGCACCGCCAUUUCUCUUACGAGACCGGUCGGCUACGUUCGCAAGUCCCAUGUCAACAGCCUGACAUACAAGAACUAUGAUCGUCUCUCCAUCAUUGAUCCCAACAAUCCCGCCAACGACAUCUCGGGUGGGUCGUCCAACACACCAGCCAUCUUGAACCGUUUCAAGGACGCCUUCAAUCUCUUACGUGACAGGAUGAGUGACAUUGCGCGCAACCCCAACAAGGGCAACAUUCUUGAGGUGAUUCUGCAGGGCGACUACUCGUCUUUCAGAAUGCAGCGGGAGUAUCUUCGUCAUGUGCAUGAGAAACACAUUGGUCCUUGUUGA